CGCUACAGGGAGCACCGCUGUGUCAAAGUGGCUCUGAGUGUGAGAGAGUGAGUGUGAGGGAGGGAGAGGGUGAGUGAGUGUGAGGGAGAUUGAGUGCGUGUGUGCAUCGCUCUAGUUGCUCGUCUCUGUCACGUCAAGCGCACCCUCUCUAAGUAUGUGUUGAACCUGUGCACCGCGUCCCCGCCCGUCCGCUCGCGUUAGCUUAGCCCGCUGCUAACCGCUACGCGGAGCCGGACGUUAGCUAACUGCCUGCGCCGAGCUAAUGUUGACAGCAUGCAGCCAAGCGCGGCACGCACGCUCCCGCUCGGCUGCUAACGUGUCUGUUUGCGUCACCGUGUGGGAUCCCAGGUGAAGGGAAGCAGCGACUGGCUUCCCUUAAGUUGAGAUAUCUGAUCCCCGUGGCAGGUCGUUAUUAAUAGUGUGUGUGGAUCAUGCGCCGUGUGCCCCUGCUCAUCGUUUGGUCUGUCCCUGGUCAGCAGUUUGGUCUAUGAACCAGCUGUCCUUUUUUUUUUUUCCUUCCUCCUCGCAUCUAUCUCGGUACAUGAAGCGGCACUAUGCCCGCUGCUACUGUGGAUCACAACCAAAAGAUAUGUGAGGUUUGGGCCAAUAACCUGGAGGAGGAGCUGAAGAGGAUCCGGCAGGUCAUCCAAAAAUACAACUACAUUGCCAUGGACACAGAGUUUCCAGGUGUGGUGGCCCGACCUAUUGGAGAGUUCAGGAGCAACGCCGACUAUCAGUACCAGCUGCUGCGCUGCAAUGUGGAUCUGCUCAAGAUAAUCCAGCUUGGCCUCACCUUUAUGAACGAACAGGGCGAAUACCCUCCGGGAACAUCGACGUGGCAGUUCAAUUUUAAGUUUAACAUCACGGAAGACAUGUAUGCGCAGGACUCCAUUGAGCUGCUGACCACUUCAGGGAUUCAGUUCGAGAAGCACGAGGACGAAGGCAUCGAGGCGCUGUACUUUGCGGAGCUGCUGAUGACCUCGGGGGUGGUGCUCUGCGACGGGGUCCGGUGGCUGUCUUUUCACAGUGGCUAUGACUUUGGAUACCUGAUCAAGAUUCUGUCCAACGCUAACCUGCCUGAGGAGGAGGUGGACUUCUUUGAGAUUCUUCGCUUGUACUUUCCCGUCGUUUAUGAUGUCAAGUACCUCAUGAAGAGUUGUAAAAACCUGAAGGGCGGCCUGCAGGAAGUAGCUGAGCAGCUGGCGCUGGAGAGGAUCGGACCGCAGCAUCAGGCCGGCUCUGACUCCCUUCUCACAGGCAUGGCCUUCUUCAAGAUGAGAGAGAUGUUCUUCGAGGAUCACAUCGACGAUGCAAAGUACUGUGGUCACCUCUACGGGUUGGGCUCCGGCUCCGCCUACGUGCAGAACGGAACAGGCAACGCGUACGAAGAGGAGGCCAACAAGCCGCAGUCGUGACGUCACUCCCGAGCCCCUCCCGCCCCGCGGGUCACCUGGACAGCCGCCAAAGCGCACACCCGUCAUCCAACCAGCUGCUUCCCAUUGGCCCCCGCUCACCUUAGACAACUGAUUAUGAUGCUGUGUGAGUUCAGUCCUGUAUUCUCACGAGGCAGUCUGCACGUCCCGGUUGGGUCACUUGAAUCUGGGAAGGCUUGAAAAUUAUGGGGUUUUAGUUUUCCUAAAAUGUUCCGUAGAAAUGUUUUGCACUUUAAAGCUCCAACCUGAUUUUAUAUGGAAAGCUGAACAGGAGUUUCUAUUGUCUUUGUUGCCUUCCCAUUUAGCUUUGUGAACACUAAACACUCGAGGACCGCUCUCAGCACGCCGCGCCUUAAGAUUACCUGCGUUUAUUCUCUUUUAACCUUUAAUUUAUUGUGCUGGUUAUCUGACAUUAAACAGAUACUCUGUUCAACAUGACGCCACGUGUUGUCUGCCAUUGGAUCUCCUCUAUGGUGUCAGUGUAUAUAAGCGCUAGUGAAUGUUUCUUUUUCCUCAUUCUUAUCCCACUGUGAUAAGCCUCAAGACAAAUACGCUGGUGUUUCUGCUCAUGCAGUGUGUCGACUGGACGUAAAAACCGAGUUUUAAGUUACUGUUUUGUUACUGUUUGUGUUCAUGAUAAUGCUAAGAAGUCACUAAACAUUCAGUUGUUGCACAUGGCUUUCCUUGCAGGAAUAUGGAUCAUUUGUGCACGUAAACACCCUCAUUGACACAAGCACAUAGGAACCUUUUAGAUGGUUUUACAAUCCUUCACCAAACCUUGAAAAAAAAAACAAUUAAGUAUAAGAACGCUCUCCUGCAGUAAGACGUGCAGAGGUUACCCGGAGAUACUCUGUUGAGAGUAAAACUCUUUAACUGAGUUUACGUAGAGUUUGAGUGUUGAAAGCCGAGUGGAGUUCAAUUCAGCUUCUUAUUUUUUUGUAAUUCCCUUUAGUUCAUUCAUGCUGCGGAGCCGCAUGUACUAGAAUGUUUGAAUAAAUGCUGUGUUAAUCCUGAA